AUGACAUCGGAAACCCCAGGCAAUCUCCUAAGGCUCGCCGGCGAACUCGCCAAACUCAGUGCCGAACUUUCCACCGUCGGGAGCAAAAUCGGCGUGGUUGCGAAAGCCCUCGAAGAAGAAGCUGCUAUUGUUGCUGCUGAGAACUCCAAGCAUUGGGGGGUGAAUGUGCACGUGGCGGUGAGAGCGGGGCCAUACGGCGCAAUGGACGGUGGGAACGAGGUUGUGGUGCGCAAGGUAGGGAGCUAG